CAUUACAUUUUAUGCAACUUUUCUCCUUUUUCUUAUCCUCUUCUGAUAUAAAUGCAAUCUUCUGUUCGCCUCAUUUUCAACGACGCUCUCUCUCUCUCGGGUUUCCUCCAUUGCAAACCAAGCUUCCUUUCCAGCUUUUUACUGAUGCGCGUCUCUCUCCUCCACAUUCACAAAACCCCACCUACCAUUUUCACCCAACUUUGCUUUUAUUAGGCAUCUCCCUACCCUUAAUUCUUUCCUCCAUUAAAAUAAAACUCUGCCCACUUAUAAAGAUUAGAUUUUUGUCUGGCAUUGUUUGAGAAAGAAAGAAAAAAGAAAAGAAAAAGAAUUGCUCUGUCAUUUGCAUUAUUGUUAUUGUUUUCUUGAAUUCUCUUUGGCCCACUUCAGGCCACCCUUUCCUUCUUCUAAACUACUCCUGCUUAGCCGCUCAACUUUCAUUUUAUUUUAUUUUUCUUUUAAAUUUGUAGUGGAUUUUUUGUAUUUCCUCUCACAUUGGAUUUCUAUGCUCAUUUGGCUCUGUUUCUACCAAAAAAAGGUGCCCCUUUAUUUUUGGGUUGAAGAUCAAGGGGGUUAAGUCAGAUCAACAGCAAAGGAUUCAAUGGAUUAAUUUUUGUCACAGAAGACAGAGAGACGAAACAGAAUUUCAGAAUUUGAUUCCAGCCUCCAUUUUGCUGAAAAAAUGAGUUUAAAUACCGAGUUAUCAAAGAAAUAUGGGGGCAUAAAACUAUGGGUGUUGAUUGGCAUUACUGUGGGGGCGUUUACAGUUCUAAUUCUUGGGAUCCUUUCCAUAUGGGUCAUGUUUCGCCGAAAAUCCCGCAGAACUUUGGAAAGCUAUACACGUUGCCAGAUCCCUAACAUUUCGAAGGAGAUUAGAGUUGAUAGAGUAGGGGAAAGAAGCACGUUUGAUCACCCUGAAAGUGUAUUCUUGACUGUUAAUGAUAAAACAAGUGAUAAGAACUCGGAGAAGAUGCAUGUUCAUUUAAGCCGGAGUAAAUCCAGUGAUGUUGAUGAUAUCAGCCAGUGUAGCUCAAUGUAUCAUCAUGAAAGGACUUACAGCUCACAAUCCGGAGAGGAAGGAAGUUCUGGCAACACCCGAAAGCAAUCUUCAUUGUCUUAUGGUCUUGUGAUGGCAUCGCCUUUGAUUGGUUUGCCUGAAGUAUCCCAUCUUGGUUGGGGCCAUUGGUUCACCCUUAGAGAUCUAGAGAUGGCAACGAACCGGUUCUCAGCAGAGUGUGUUAUAGGGGAAGGUGGUUAUGGGGUCGUAUAUAAAGGUAGAUUGGUCAAUGGAACAGAGGUAGCAGUGAAGAAGAUUCUUAAUAAUGUUGGCCAAGCAGAGAAGGAAUUUAGGGUUGAAGUAGAGGCCAUUGGCCAUGUUCGACAUAAAAAUCUUGUUCGGCUUCUUGGCUAUUGCAUGGAAGGAGUCCACAGGUUGUUGGUGUACGAGUACGUAAACAACGGCAACCUGGAGCAGUGGCUUCAUGGAGCUAUGAGACAAUAUGGCACCCUCACUUGGGAAGCCCGCAUGAAGAUUCUCCUCGGUACUGCAAAGGCGCUUUCUUAUUUGCAUGAAGCUAUUGAACCAAAAGUCGUCCACCGUGACAUAAAAUCUAGUAACAUCUUGAUCGAUCAUGACUUCAAUGCAAAAGUUUCCGACUUUGGUUUGGCGAAGCUCUUGGAAGCUGGAGAAAGCCAUAUAGCAACGAGAGUUAUGGGAACAUUCGGUUAUGUCGCUCCUGAAUAUGCAAAUACGGGCUUGUUGAAUGAGAAGAGCGACGUAUACAGUUUUGGCGUUCUUCUUCUCGAGUCUGUUACCGGAAGAGAUCCUGUGGACUAUGGGCGUCCAGCGGAUGAGGUUAAUCUAGUUGAGUGGCUGAAAAUGAUGGUAGGGAAUAGGCGAGCCGAGGAACUUGUGGACCCUAAUCUUGAAGUUAAGCCCACGACCCGAGCCAUGAAGCGUGCGCUUCUCGUUGCACUUAGAUGCGUUGACCCCGAUUCAGAGAAACGCCCCAAAAUGAGUCAUGUCGUCCGUAUGCUUGAAAGCGACGAGUUUCCUCAUCGUGAGGAGCGACGGAACAGAAAGAGUAAAAGCACGGGAAUGGAGAUUGAAUCCACCAAGGAGAGCUGUGGUUCAGCUGAGAUGGAGAGCAAUGCGGCUGAUAGGAACUGACUGAGACAUGUGUUGGGGUAAUUAGAGGUUGAUUUUAGUGACUCAUUAUUUGCACAUGUUGAAAGUUUGGUACUGGAAGAAGAAAAAAAAGAUUCCUUGAUGAGAAAACCCAGUUAGAAAUCUUGAAUUAUUGGUAGCUCUUUUGGUUGUUAGUUCCAAAUGAGAGAAGAAUGAGGGUGAGAGAGAGAGAUGUACAGGUGUUGUAUGGAUGUUGGGGAUGACAGCAUGUAUUUAUGAUGAUCAUUCUUUUUGAUUGAA